AUGACUAAAGCUGAAAGAAGUGAUAAUAAGAAGGAUGAAAAUGAAGUGGAUGUGCGUAUAUUGUUAUUGGGUGAAUCAGGUGUCGGUAAGACAUCGUUGAUAGUAUCGUUACUGGAAGAUGAAUUCUUUGAAAAUGUACCAUCUCGUAUUGAUAAUGUAAUGAUACCGGCUGAUGUAACACCCGAGCGUGUUCUUACUUCAAUACAUGAUUAUUGCGCAAAAGAACAAUCUAAAGAAGAGCUUUUAAAAGAGAUAAGAUGUGCAAAUGUUAUUUGUGUUGUUUAUUCCGUACUAGAUCAAUCAUCAGUUGAUAUGAUAACUUCGUACUGGUUACCGUUGAUCAAACAAAGUACCGCUGAUAGUUCACGUAUGCAACCGGUGAUUCUUGUCGGAAAUAAAUCUGACCAGGCUGGCUCAUCGAAACAAAUGGAAAAAAUUUUACCAAUAAUGAAUGAAUUCGAUGAAAUUGAAACUUGCGUGGAGUGUUCGGCAAAAACAAUAAAAAAUAUUAGCGAGAUAUUUUAUUAUGCCCAAAAAGCAGUACUCUAUCCAACACACCAGCUGUACGUUUCUGAAGAUCGUGAACUAACAAGAAAAUGCAAAAAAGCACUUGUUCGGAUAUUUAAGUUAUGUGAUUUCGAUAAUGAUGGUCUCCUGAACGAUUAUGAGUUGAAUCAAUUUCAAAUGUUCGUUUUUGGAGUACCACUCAAUUCGAUUGCUAUAUCGGAUGUAAAAACUGCUGUAGAAACGCAUAAAAACGACGAUAUCAUUGACAAUGCGUUAGCUUUAAGUGGUUUCAUUUAUUUGCAUCAGUUGUUCAUACAUCGUGGAAGACACGAAACAACAUGGAAAGUUUUGCGACGUUUCGGUUAUGACAAUGAACUGCAACUCUCUAUUGACUAUCUGAAUCCACCUUUAAAAGUGCCGAGAGGUUGUUCAACCGAAUUAAGCUACGAAGGAUUGCAGUUUAUUACGGCUCUCUUUGAACGAUAUGAUGAAGAUAAAGACGGAUGUUUGUCACCAUCAGAAGUGCAGAAUCUGUUUAGUGUAUGUUCGACGAAUCCUUUCAGUAAAGAAGCAAGCGCAUCCACUGAGACAAAUAAUCGCGGUUGGAUUACAUUCAACGGUUAUAUUUGCUAUUGGAUUUUGACAACAUUUAUGAAUGUUUCAUUAACGAUGGAAUUACUUGCCUAUCUUGGCUUCAAUAUGCGACAUCAAUCACAAAUUGAUGCCAUUAAAGUGACACGUGAUCGACGAAUUGAUUUAUUCGAAAAAUCAACAACGCGGAAUGUUUUUCAGUGUCAUGUAAUUGGUCCAAAAAACGCUGGCAAAACUGCAUUUAUACAAUCAUUUUUAGGACGAAAUCUAGUGGAUAUCGCAUCGAUGAACAAAAAACAUCUUAAUCCGUAUGUUAUCAAUUCGGUCACUGUUAAAGAUGAAGUCAAAUAUCUUUUGUUGCAUGAAGUGGACGUUUAUUCACGUGACGAAUUGUUGACAAGUUAUGAGAAGAGCGCAGAUGUGAUCGUUUUAUUAUACGAUGCAUCAAAUCCGAAUUCAUUCGCAUAUUGUGCGACCAUUUAUUUAAAAUAUUUCUAUCGAACCAAAGUGCCGUGUUUAAUAAUCGCCACAAAAGUGGAGCGAUGUGAGGCUGAGCAAAACUACGAACAGCAACCAAACGAGUUCUGUCGAACACAUACCCUUCCGCAGCCAGUUCGGUUUCGUGACGAGGAUCUGGGCAAUGCAAGAAGUCAAAUAUUCACUCAACUUGCCACAAUGGCCGUCUAUCCGCAUCUUAAACGAGUUUAUUAUCUGCAUGAUUCGAAUCUACUGUCGAAGAUUACAUUUGGAGCUGCCGUAGCCGCGUUAGCAGGAUUUUUAUUGUAUAAGAAUAUUUGA